AUGAGAUUUGUUGAUUCGCCUAGUACGGUUUUUUAUUGGUCGAAGUUUUCCGUACGUCGGCGUAAGAAUAAAUAUAAUACUCAUUUGGAGGCAGACAGUAUUCUUUAUUCAUAUCUAUCUAUCUAUCUAUCUAUCUAUCUAUCUAUCUAUCUAUCUAUCUAUCUAUCUAUCUAUCUAUCUAUCUAUCUAUCUAUCUCAGCAACGAUAAUUUUUUUAUUUGAAGAAGAAGAAAAAAAUGUCUCUAAUUUGACAAGUGGAUUUCGUUUUUCGAUUUCCUUUUCCCUCCUUCCACAUUUUACCAUCUCCCUGUCACCGCUACUUCCUCCCCUUCUUCAUGCCUCUCUCUUUUCGUCUUGCCUUCCACUUCGCCAGUUGGCAGUGCGCAAGCGCCUUAACCAAAGUCCGAAGCUGACGGAGGCGAUGUAUACAAAUGCAUCAAGAAGAAAUAAAAAUAUUAUAACAAAUAGCCGAGGUCCUCAUAAUUCAUUAGACCACAUAGAAGGACGUGGAGAUAGUAACACAACAACAAAGAGGACGACCGUUGGUCAUCACACCACGGCUAUGAGAUAUACUGCUAGGCAGUUCCAUAGUGCGGCAGCCUUACAUGAAAAGGAGUGUCCCCAGACUCUUAAUUCUCCAAAGUCAGUGUUUAAUGGUAAGCGGCCAGUCAGCAGUGUACAUCGGCCCAACAGUUAUUCAUCAGACCCACAAUCUCCACAACACGAGGAGAUUGUAAAAUAUUUAACAGAUGCUUGGAACAGAGUUACUCACGAUAUGGAGAGCAGACAUCCACGCGACAACAAGGCUUGGAACAGAGUCACUCAUGACGUGGACAACAGACAUCCUCGAGGCAACAAGGGUUCCACUCCAACAUGGUACAAAGAAAAGAGUCCAAAUCCACAGGUGGAAAACUUCAAACCUUUUGAUCUGGAAAAAUGGCAUGGCCAGCGAACAAUAGAGAAAAUACGAGGGACCACGUGA